AUGAUGGAUGCAAUUGUUUUGGUGCUACGCUUCUACAAUGUCGGGAACCCCGAGUUAAAUACCCGAACUGACGACAGUGAGAAUGACUAUUUGUUCAAGGUACGGAAACAAAGUAAGUUUGGCUCAUUACUGAAGAAGUUUGCCCUGAUUUCCAAACAAGACCCUUCUGACUUGACGUUUUACAAAGGCGAUAGGUUUUUAAAUCCUUCUAGUACCGUCAAUGACUUGGAGUUGCAGGAAAGCGACAGGAUUUUGGUCAAAAAAUUGAUCCCCAUCUCUGUGGAAUUUAGCAAUGACACCAUCCCAGGGAAGGAAUGGUUCAGGGUAUUGAAUGAGACCGUACUGUUGAAAGUUGAAGAAGAUUGUACUUUUGACUAUUUCUACCAAAGUUUGCUCGACCAUUUAACAUUUUCCAAAAGCGCCGUAGCUUCUUCAUCUCUCCAAUCAGACAAAGUCCAAUUUUUCAAAGUGUCAUACAAAAACUCGGAGAGGAAGGUUGAGGAGAUUCUUGACAUGGGCGCUGGCUUAAAUAAAUUGAAUAUUACGGCGAACACAAAUAUUAUUAUCAGCUGUGAUCUUACCCAGUACGCGGCAUUCAUUAAUAAAAUUAAGUCAUUGAAUUCGACCUCUGCUUCAAAUUUUACGCCAAAUGGCAUGGGAUUGGAUCCUGGAAGUGGCAAAGCUAAUGGUGGUGGGAUAUCCACAAUGAUAACAGAGUUGAAGGAAAAGAAUUCACUACUUGAAAAAAAGAUUGAAAGCCUAGAAAAGAAAAAUAUCGUUCUAGCUCAAAAAAAUGUCAUAUUAGACCACCAAAACUCCACUCUCGCGACUGAAAAUCGGAUGUUGUCUGAAAACGUGAAAAAUCUGAAGAGUAAUAAUGAAGUCAGCUCUGAUAGUUUGAAGAGAGAAUUAGAUAGGAUAAAAUCAGUUCUCUCUGAAAAACUUACUCAGGUUAAUGGUUUACAAACUCAAAAGGUGAAGUUGGCAAAUGACUUAUCCUCAGCAAAUGAAAUAGUAGCAGAAUUGCGAAAGGCAGAUCAACAAAAAAACGAAGAAAUUCAUUCUUUAAAGGAAAAAGUACAGAUCGUGGUGGCAGCGCUGGACCGAAUCAAGCAAGAAAGUCACGCUUCUCAAUUGAAUGCUAAUUCACAGCUUUUGCAAGUGAAAAAGCUUCACAAUGAGGACCUAUUACGCAGACAAGAAGUAGAGAAAAAGUUACAGAUUGCAGAAUUUUCCUUCAGGAAGUAUGCCAUCGAUAUAUACAACCAAUACGGGCUAUUCUUAACCAGUUUCCAUUCAAAGAUGGAAAACCUUAGGAGUGAACUUCAUUCAUUAGUCACCAAAUGUGACAUAGACAAGUCAAUAAAAUCAGAAAUCAAUUUGGAUCCUAUUGAUUUUGACUAUCUCAAGGUAAUUUCAGAAAAUGUGAAAGUCGGGGACUCGUUUCUACCGACGGAAGUGGAUGCUAAUACCCUUAAUAAUUUAAGGAGACCAAAACCUUUACCGCAAUAUUUUGGAAACGAUACUGUUAUGUCCACUAUAUUCAUCAUCCUUUUUGAAAAAGAUCAGCAAAUGAAAGGGAUGUCAAUAAAAGAGAUUUGUGAUGUCUGGCAACAGGCAGAUAUAAAAGUUGUUGCGGAGAAAAUGUCUGCAUAUUUAACGAACAUCAACCAGAGAAGUAAUAAUAUUCAUUAUAACUUGAAUAAAGUUUGGGAUAAUGACAAAUCCACGUCGGUAUUUUUUUAUGAUAAGUUAGUUGAUUGGAACUACAUUGGAGGUGAAACUACCGCCUUUGAAAAAUUGACUGCGAGCAGCUUACCUAAGAGCAUUGCUGAUAUGCGAAAGGUCAAUGUUUUAGAUCAGCUUAACUUUACACAAAAGUUGAAUAAAUCUUACGAAUCAUUGAAAACUACUUCAAUUGAAAUAGAUGCUAAAGGCAUUAACUCUUUGAAAAAUGUUUCCAAGAAUUUGGUUAAUGUUAUAGACAGUUUGAGACAAUUUAAGGAUGAGAAGAAUGUUUUUUUAAAGCAAAAGGAGGCAAUGAUAAAGAAAUUCAAGUCAGAAUUAGCUGAUGCUGCAAAGAAGGUUAGUUUUGUAUCUUCUUACGAUUACAAACUUGACCUACUAGCCAGUGAAAUCGAAGCCUUAAGAAACGAGAAGAUCUCUUUUGAAAAAGACAAUGAUAUUUAUGAAAAAUUCAAGGAUUUUGGGGUUGUCACUGUUGCUAAAUGUGCCGAAAAAGCCCCUGUUAUAAAUUCCAAACGCAUAGCUGCUAUCACUGACAUCGACGCCAUCUCUGCUGAUGAUGAUGUCCCAAUUGCCACCAUUGCCGCCACCGCCUCCAAUGCUAGUUUUGCCACCAUUUCCAACGAUAGAAAAAGAUGCAGUUCUGAUGUUGAUGAUAGCCCUGAUCUCACGAAACAACAGAACACCGACAAAAUUCCUAAAACUUUGAUACCUUCUUCUGACAAAGCGGGCAUUGUUGUCAGUAACCCUCUGACAAACAGAAUUAAGGAGCGCUCUGACAAUAAGAAUGAAGAGCCUGCUUUGAAGAAAGCGAAACUUUCUAAUGAAAACCAGGCUGGUCCUCAGGUUAAUAAAGAAAACACCAUCGAUAGUGAUAAAAGAGCAGGGCUGGUGGAUACUGAUGGCACUGCUAGUGAUAAAUCUAGCGAUGCUCCAAUGAAUAUUAGAAUCGAUCUUCAAGGAGCGGAGAUAGCUCCAACAUUUUUCAAAAUCAAACCAACCACAAAGUUAAAGAGAGUUUUAAAAUCAUACAAGACUAAGUUAUCCAGUAGUGCUGAUGUGACUCUUAGCAAAGACGAGAUCAAUUCUAUUAAGUUCAGGAUUGGAAACUCGCUUGACGUUGAUUAUAAUCUUCCAGUUAGAGAUCUUGGAUUUUCUGCUAUGCGUUUGAUCGUGGCCGUGGCCGACCUUAAAUCUCUGCAAACAUAG